GUUUCCCCGCUCGCCAAUUCAUGAAAAAAAAAAUAUCAUCACCAGGCCACCUGUCCACCCAGCAAGCCUUAAAAAAUUUCCACUGCCAACCAGAUCUUCCUAUUUGCAUCCGGAAAAAAAUCUUCCCUAAUCCAGAAACUUUUCGAUAAUGAUCCCAUCCACCUCCAAAAAACGGCCACGCGUGCCAUACAACCGCCAUUCCACCGUCUCCACAACCGCCAGCCUCCGCUCAACCGCCUCCAGAUCCACUAGCCUCUCCUCCACCGCCGCCUUAAUCGAUUCAUUUCCUGACCAAACCAUCUCCGAAACCUCCAAAAAACUCCGCCGAACCUCCUCCCACCCGCUCCUCUCCACCACCCCCUCCUCCACCACCACCACCCGGUUCAACGAUGUUAACACCGCUGACGUGAUCCUCCGCCUCUUCCUGGACCCCACUUCCCCCAUCAUUAACUUAUCGGAUUCAGUUUAUUCAAUUGACAAUAAUAACCAAUCCAAUGUCCAGAUCUACCUCCAUUCUCCCAUCCUCCGCCGGUCUAAGUAUUUCUCCGCCCUUUUAUCUGACAGAUGGCAGCUCUCCAAGGAAAAUCCCGAUUCUGCUGAAAAUAAAAUCGACCCGUACUUGAUUCCGUUGAAAUUAGGCGUCGCUCCUGGAUCGAUCGAAGUCCAUCUAAGCGUUUUAAAAUUGCUGUAUACAAACGAUUUCAAUAAUGUGAUUAACUCUGCUGCGGCGGCUCUAGAUAUUUUGCCGGUUGCGUUAAAGUUGUUGUUUGAUGAGUGUGCGGAUUAUUGCGUUAAGUAUCUUGAGGCUGUGCCGUGGAGUGAAGAGGAAGAGAAGCGCGUGAUUAAUUUAAUUCCAUAUUUACGCGAGGAGGAAUCUGAAGAGCUAUUAGCUAGGGUUUCUCCGGCGAAAUAUGAUUCGUGUGAGGAAAUGCUUCAUGGUUUGAUAUUGGCUGCGAUUCAUAGUAGUUCGAACAUGGCAUUUGUGAAAGCGUUUGUGGCUAAGUUGUUGAGGGAUUUUUCAUCGAGGGAGUCCGCGAGGAGGGUUUUGGAGAUGGCGUUUGAGACGAGUUUGAAGAUUGUGAAGGAAUCGCUUGAGGAGUAUUCGAGUCCGAAUUUUAGAGGGGAUCAUAAUGAGACGGAAGCGAUACAGAGGUUGAAUUUGCAUACAGCGAUGACUAAUGGGAAGCAUUUGUUGUGGUUAGUGGAGAGGAUGAUUGAGCUGAGAGUGGCGGAUAGUGCGGUGAAGGAGUGGAGUGAGCAAGAUUCUUUUACGGCUGAUUUGCAGAGGGCUUUUCGGGAUGAUGCGUGGAGGAAUAUUGUUCCGGGCUUUCCUGCUGUUUUGCUUCGUUGCACUUGUAAGCUUGCUAAUGCUGUUGCUUCUGGGACCAUUUUGGCCGCUAGACAGGUGAGGAUGAAGCUUGUAAAGGAUUGGCUUCCUGUUCUGAUUGUAUGCAAAGACAGUGCACUUUCUUCUAUGUUACCAAAUCAUAAAUCACUGUACCUGGAGCUGGAAGAGACAUUUCUAAGAAUUAUUUCCACACUUCCCAUGUCAGAUGCUCAAGUGUUGUUGCAGCAGUGUCUCAGCUUCUCAACUCGAAAUUUUGAAGAUUGCCCCCACUUAGUCACCGCAUUCAACACUUGGUUCCGCCGUGCAACAAAUCAACCACAAGGGUGACAGAUGAACUGUUGCUCCUGCCAUGCUGCGUAUUUACAAAGGUAUAGGCGUUUCUGUGAAAUGUACAUAUUAGGCUGGUGUUUAUAGAAUUCCACCGCGGACCAUCCUCGGCAAAAUGCUCCUAUUUGGUUUUGUAUGUUUCCCUCUCCUUGAGCGCUGAAGUGACCAGUGGGCAAUGACUUCUAACGAGUGCUGUAGGAUUAAAAUGUUGCUGUUUGCAAAAUUCUCCUUGAAAACUUGUUAAAUUCUCUGAAAUAUACAAACAUGUGUUGGUAAAUUCUCAUUUGGCAAUGUGAUCCCAACCCAUUAAGACCAGCUAAAGACUGAUAUGCACGCUUGUGUUUUUCAGGUUGCUAAUACCAAUUUGAAUUUGUUGAUAUAGUA